AUGAUUUUUGCCGCACAGUUGACGGAUAUUAAUGCACAAAUAUCCCCUGGCAAUAAUCAUAAUGCUCCCAAUUCUGUCGAUAAUCAGCUUUAACUUGCAAUGACGAGAAUUUUGUAUCUGGAGAUGGGCGAAGAAUGCGAUGGCAAACUCAAUAAUUUUGAUGAUGGGUGUGAUGACUUUUGCAAAAUAAAAAAUGGAUAUACUGCCACUUAUCAAGAUCAAAGUUUAAUAGGUAUUCAUAAGUCAUGCAGAAAGAAAGACAAUCUUUGUAUGGAUUUGAAUAUCAUUUCAGAUGACGGAUGCAAUCUGAACUGUGAAACAGAGUAAAAUUACUACUGUCUAUAUGAUUUCAACACUGAGAAAUUCAAGUGCUAUGAGAGAAAAUAACUUAUAAAUAAUGAUAUUGCCAAAAAUAAUUCAGAGGAACUUAGUGGCUGCAUCAAAAAUAAUAAACUGACUUCGGAAGAGGAAUGUGACGAUGGCGAUGCAACUCAUUCAGGAGGGGUACCUAGUGCCUAGAUCAAAAUUCUUAAGACUUUGAUGGAUGAAAAAGCAAAUCUAUCUUAAAAUUCUCUCGAUAUCCAUUAGAUUAACUCUAUUUGCAAGAAUGGAAUAAUUGAGAUUGGAGAGUAGUGCGAUGAUGGAGAUCAAUUUUCAUUUGAAAAGUGUGAUCAAAAUUGUCAUGUUCAAUUUGGAUUCCAUCAAAAUUUCAAUGGAAAGGAUAUAAGAUCACUCUCAAAUUCCUGCUUUAACAAUCAAACAAAUGAAUGUUACGAUCGUAACGAGAAUUCAGGCGAUGGGUAUAUUAUUCUAAUGAUAUCAAUAUUUUAGUUGUGA